GUUAGCAAGGCGAGGUUAAGAGAGGGUGCAGAAAUGGGGAUUACGGGCGGCUAAAGAGCACGUGCUCCAACAGAAAAACAUAAGAAAAACAUACCUCUUUCACGGACCGGAGCGGCGCGCUGGAAUAUGGAAACUGGCGACUCAUAGCGGGAAUGCUGGGAUGGAUGAUGUGUGCACGGCUUUAUGUGUAAAACACGUGAUAUAGUACAGUGUUCUCGUGGGCGAUGGGGGCUCACGAAUAAACAGUUGGUUCAAGCGAAACUUGCUCGGGGAUCCGAUGCAAAUACAAAAGAACAGGGGGGUCGAGCAGCAAUUGCUUCGGGAUGGACCAGGGAGAUUUUUGGGUUUUUUUUGGGUUUUUUUGGUGGUUUUGAGGGGAGUUGGUAUAUGUGGGUAAAAGUCUCGUCGAAGCUCAAAAGAAAACUCAACUGCGCGACAGCAAACUUGGAUGAGCAGGCGACGGGAGACGAAAUGACACGAGCUUAAACCUCUGGCAGCCUGCGUUACAAUCCCGGGGAAAUACGGCAAAGAUUCGGCGGUGACGGCGGUGAUUCGACGAGGUUUGAAAGACUAGCGAUGGAGUUCGA